GAUCUGUCGCGACCUGACAGGGCCUGGCGCGACUUGUUCCCUGACUACUUCGACGGACGAGAGUUUCCAGUGAAUUCGUUUUACUAGACUCGCCCUUCCCCAACGCCGUGCGGCUUAAAUGGAACCCCUGGUGCAGAAAAUUCUGGUCAUAGGCGGAAAUGGUUUCGUGGGCUCUGCAGUGUGUAGGCUCGCACUUGCACGCGGCUUCCAGGUGACGAGCAUCAGUUCGUCUGGCAGACCAUACACGACGCCGAAAGGGCAUUCUCCGGCUUGGACCUCCAAAGUAGACUGGCAGAAGGCGGACGCGCUCCAGCCCAAGACGUACAAACACUUAUUGCCGGGUACGACGGCGGUUGUGCACACGCUUGGGACGUUAUUGGAAGAUGCCAGGUACAAGGCAGCGUUGAGCAAGGGGGACAUUGGCGCAUUGAUAAGGGUCGCCGUCGAUAGCAUGACGAAGGGAGGAAAUCCACUCGAGGAGAAAAGCAAGAGAGGAGGCUAUGACGAGCUAAAUCGUGAUGCUGCACUCCACGUGUGCGAGGCCUUCAUGUCGAGUGCGCCUGAUACACCUCUACCACACCCGCGUGCAUUCGUGUACGUCUCUGCCGAGGACAUCUUCCGUCCAUUCAUCCCCGCACGGUAUAUCGAGUCUAAACGAGAGGCCGAACUCGGCAUUGAACGCAUGAUGCUUGAGAAUCCUGCCUUCCGCAGUGUGUUUGUUCGUCCCAGCCUCAUAUACCACCCACACUUCCGUCCGUUGACGUCCCCCGUCGCUGCGCUUCUGGACCUAUCCGCGAGUCUGCAUACCAAGGUCCCACAGGCAGUCCCAACGCCGUCAGGCGUCCUCCGCACGCUCGCAGGUCUCUCGUCCCGGCCGACACCCGCGUCGCUCGUCUCACCGUCUCCGUUGGACUCGGUCGCGAAUGCGCUGACCAUCCCGCCCAUUCACGUGGACCAUGUCGCGGAGGCCAUUUGCAUCGCGGCGGACAACGCCCGAGGGGACGUAAGCGGUGUGGUGGACGUGCGGGAGAUGCGCAGACUCAUUGGCUGGACGCAGAAGGGCCAAGGCGGUGUGGGAAGCCCGAGCCUUGGUUCAUCGUAG